AUGAGAGUGAAGAAAGUCGCCGAGCCUCGAGAUGGCGACCAGGCAUCAGACCAGAAACAAGAUCCCCUGGAGAGACGGCGGCUGCAGAACCGCCUCUCGCAAAGAAACCACCGCCGCAAGAUUAGAGAUCGCAUCGCCAAGCUCCAAGAACGGGUCAUCGCCAACGAACUCCGAGCAGCUUCCUCGCUGAACGGCUGGGAUCAGCCUCACUCCCUACCGCCUCUACUUAGGAACCGACAUGUAUUUCAGCACGAUAAUGCAUUGGGUCAUGGCACUUUAGAUACAUCCAUGUCUUCGACACAGUCUUUCUCCACGUUUGGCUCUCCCUGUGGCUUCUCGAUGGCAUCGUCCUGGCCCGGAGCUGCAGCACAGUCAUCUACUUUUCUCUCCGGAGACUCGACAUGGCUUUGGAAUAUCGAUACACCCCCAACGGACGCGGAAUAUUCGACCUCUACUGUUUAUGAUUUAAUGGGCAAUGGGUCAAAUCAAAUCCUCGUAGGGAAUAAUGAGGAGCAAACGUUGCCAGAAAUAUCAAGCACUGGUAGCCCACAUUCUCCCGGGAGCUUCGCGACUCCAACCAACCAGCCAUUAUACUACGCUGUGACCGAAACUGCAUUACCCCAAAUCCUUCAAGUCCUCAGCAACGCAUCUCCUCACUCCAAGAUCAUCGUUCUCGUCUCACCAGACUGGGUAUCGACUGGAGUUGAAAAUACUGUUCCAACAUCCUCUAUUGCAGAGAACAAUAGUUUGCAAGAACUUUCACAGCCACUAGGUAGUUCGCAAAGCAUCAUGUGUCAGCACCAGUCUCAUAUUACAGGGCCUACAAUGAACACAUCGGAUGCUAGGACAUGGUCAAAUCCAGCGACCUGGAGCCCCUGGGGAUGCCCAUCGAAGACAAAUAACACCAUUGGCGGAACCUCGUCAAGUGCGUGGAUAUGA